AUGUAUUACAAAAAAGAUCUUGAAACUCUUUGUAAUGAUCCUGAUAAGAACUUUGAAAUUCUUGACUAUGUUAGCAUUGGGGAUAAUUCUGAAAGUUUUGAACAACCAACACCUUCACUAUCAUCUAAAUGUAGUACAAGCAAUACAAAAAGUAAUAUAAAUCUAUAUGAUAGUUCAUAUGAUAUACAAUUUGAUAUAUCAGCAAUUGGGUUAGCCAAGGCAUAUGCCAAUUCAUUAUCAACAACAAUACAAGAACAAGACAAUGAAAUAGAUAUAAAUUGGUUAGCACAAGAUCUUGAUGUAGCAUCUGAUAAAGAAUCAUUAUGA